AUGUUCCGUUGUUUUUGCGUCGUUGCAGGGUUCGGAUUUGUGACGUUUGAGGAUGAGGACAUGGUCGAUAAGGUGUGCGAGAUUCACUUCCACGAAAUCAACAACAAAAUGGUGGAGUGCAAGAAGGCGCAGCCCAAGGAGGUCAUGCUGCCGCAGAAUCUGGCGAGAGAGUCGAUCUCGCUGACGGCCGGACUGAACGGAUACUUCCCGGCAAGCAUGAUGGGAGCGUACGCCGCCUACGCGGGCCGCGGUUACCCGAUCAACCCUGGAUUCGCCUACCAGUUCCCCGCCGCCGAAGGACUGCAUUUUGGAUCGCCUCUGGCGGGCUUCCCCGGUUACGCGGGCUACGUAGCGACGCCAACGCAUGGCGACCGUGCUGCCGCCGCCGCCGCCUCCGCUUACUACGCCGACUACGUGGCGGCGGCAGCGGCACAGGCGGCCGCCGGGGGACAGAUGAACCAUAGCUUAGCGCGCAACGAACCGAGCCCCCUGCCGGUCAGUACCAGUCCUCUGCACCGCGACUAUGGCGUGCAGCAGCAGCAGCGCAACCAAGGUCCUCUGGACAUCUACAGCUCCAGUCAGGACAGCGUUGGCUACGUGCAGGCCGCCAGCCCUCAGCCGUCGUUCCCGAUCGCUGUCAGCAGGGUCGGUGGCGCCUCCUGGGGUCAGGGACCCCUGAUUGCUGCUGCUUUCACUAAUGGCUAUGGCCACUGAGUGCGUCGUGGCACGUCCACAUCGCCCCAACGCCAGGGUUCAAAUCAGGGAUUAGGGCUUUACUAAACGGAGAAACAAUACGAUUUUGGAGAGAAACGUGAAUGCGAAACAACGACGGAAGAUGCUGAUCGUGAGAUGUCGACCGCCGCACGCCACACGUACGCCGGCACGCAUUCUGGGAUUGACUCGACUCGCUGCGGCGGCGGAGGCGACACUUUGCUUUUUUGGUCUUGGGAGAUGCCGGCGUCGUCGGUCGGACGUUAAUAUGUGUUGUGCGUGUGUGACGGUAACAAAAAAAAUAUUAUGGAUAACUACGCCCUCUGCUGGAGAGAGAGGGAACUAACGCGUCGGUGCGACGAGCACGAGAGAUGAAUUUGUGAGUUGUUGUGUGAUUGGGUGUCGUCAGAGGGAGGAAAAUGCAUUAUAGCUCGUAAUCCCACUUGUUAAGGUGAGGCGCGCGCGCGCAUGAUAGGUUGCGACCGCGUGUGUGCGUUCGUCGCGGGGCGAGUAUAGGUAGCGUACGCACUCCCCCGCGCGCGCGCGCGUGCGUGGGAAAUUAUACUCUGCAUAAUGCGCGAAUCGUGGAACAACCUAUUUGUUGUUGUUGUUGUUGAAUAAUUAACGCACGGCGGUGCCACCAGGCGGCAGCACACGCUGCGGCCAUGUCGCGGCGUCUGCUGCCGCCGCCGCCGCGCCGGUUUUAACUGAGAACGUGAUGGAAAAUUUAAAGCAUCGUGAACAAUGAUUUUUUUUGUCGAUUUUAUUUCAAGGGUAUACACAAGUAUGUUAUAGUGGCAUGAAUAUGAUAUUUAGCGUGUAGCUGUGUAGUGGACUAUUAACCAUGUAGCUAGUAGCGUAUAAUUAGCGGGAAAAAAAAUAUGUCGAUGAUAAACACCACCAGUUUAUUCAAAUCAUGAUCACCACCAGUUUUAGGUCAUCGUUUACACCCCGCACCUCCCCGCGCCGCCUCCCCGCCCACUCCGCAGCCCUCAUCACCUCGUGUUCACCAUAUGAAGUUUUUAUUUUUGUAUGGAAGAAGACUCGUGUUUUGCGUCUCUCGCCCGCCAGGGGGGGGGGCCAGCGAGGGGCGCCGUAUUUUGAGGCCUCGUACUUUCAGAAAGCAAUAGUAAGAGUUUUUCCGCGGGCCCGCCAAUGGCGCUGCCAACUGGCGCGCGCAGACGAUGUGAGGGAGACAGUGUGGAGAGAGAGGAGGAAGAGAGGGACUGGAGGAAGAAUAGAGGUAAUGAUAGAGGAUGAGAAAGGAAGAGAUAGAGGAUGAGAGAGGAAGAGAGGGAGUGUCGUCGUGCAAGGCAGUCAACCGAUCGAUACACAUGUCAUGUCGGUGCCUGUAGGAGCGUUUGUCCCGGGGUGGUCACUCACUCGCGCGCGCGUGGGCAGGGUGGCUGCCGCGUGUCCGGCAAGGACAACUAGCGUCUGUGCCGGGCGGCGGUCAGCUGCAGCCUCCCUCCUCUUCCCACCCACUGUGGCCGCCCGCCAGCGCCCUCUGUCGUGUUCGAGGAUGCCCUCUUGUCGUCGCCGCCAUGUUUGAUCCGGUAGGAGUCGGCCGCGCUCGCGGAAUGCCGAGUCUUGGCGAUCGGUAACCACGGCAACGCGUCGUGGGUCGUCGCCGCGGCGCGGGUGUCGGCGCGAGUGGGACGCGUAGGGGGCGCUAGCGUAGUCCGGCUCUCUGCGCGUCCCUCCUCCGCCCACGUAGUGUUAGUUUAACUGAUCUCAAGUCAACCAGGUGGCGCCGGCAUCGUGACGCGACGGCGACGACCGACGGCGGUCGGGACUGAAACGAUUGGGAUGCGGUUGCCGCGGGCGACGGUCGGCGACGCGACCGUGCGGCUGGAGGGCGUGGCACGGGCAGGGCUGGGGGUAGGAGGCGGCGGCGGGGGGUGGUUCACGUCUCUGUCUGAGUGCGACUCGGCGAACACGCCUGCUGGUGUUAUCUGUAUAUAUAUAUGUUAGAACUAAUGAACUUAUUUGCUGUAUAUUGCCGCAAACGUAGCACGGCUGCACCGCUAUGUACCACCGCGUCCCAUCUUAUCUAGUAGUGCAGGGAGUUACACGGACUGUUUGAUAUUUUGAAUUGUAACCUUCUAUUAUUAUCCACUGUUGAUUGCACCGAGCGCACUGGUUAUUUUACGAUGAUGACGUCGGGUCGUUUUAUUGUGUACCUAGUAUUUAUCACCGUGAGGAGGUUCCACGUGGCGCUGCCGCUAGGGGGCGCUGUACAGGGGCGGAGAGGCGGACCAUUCGCGAAGACGGUUGUGAAAACUGGGCUCAUCUGUAGACGGAACAGACUUUUUAUUUUUACUGUAUUAAUAAUGAUGAUGAUGAUGAUUGAUAAUAAUAAUUAUAAUUAUAAUAAUAAUGUGGUUUUAAAUGUGGCAAGUCGCGGCGCGUUUUGCCCAGCCGCGGCCGGUGGCGCGGACGUCGGCCGCCAGGGGGCGCUGAGCUGGCGCGGUCGUGGCGCCAGCGCACGUGCUGCCCCCUGUAGCCGAGGGCCAGCUGUUGUCUGCGGCGGGUGACUGCGUGGGAGGGCAACAUGUCGGCAGUGUGAGGUGUUGCCACCUACCAUGAUCAUGAAGAGUCUAUGCAUUGCGAUUGCACCGUCGUGUAGCUGCUACAUGGGUUUUGCCAGGUUGGAGCUCCGGCAUCGAGGCUCGAUUCUUUUGAGUGAGACUUUUGUUUUGUAAAAAAAAAUUUGACUGCAAGAACAACGAUUGUUACAAGUUUCAGCCCGUUUUUAGAUGGGCGGUCGUUACUCAGAACUGUAUAUACUGUACAAUACUGUACAAAAUUUUUCCCUAGGAGUAGCUCAUGUCCCAAGCAUCCCUUGUAGCGGUUAGAGUGUCGAAAAUAACAAGUGAGCAGAUCAGUAGCAUGUAGCGCCACCUGACUUGACUAGCAUAUCCACGGUCAGAUUUUUUAUACAAGCGUGUGUAACGUUAGCAGCUGCACUCGUCCCGGCAACGCAACAGCUGCAGUGUGCUACAGUUAGAUAGGGGGCGCUGUCGGUCGGUAGCAUAGAGCGCGCGUGAUCACGGCUAGUCCAACCCCGACCCAGUGAAUCGAGAGAGAGAGAGAGAGAGCACUUUUGGCACAGGCGGCCAAGAAUGCCACAGCAAACGCGAGCCACACAGUUUCGGCGAAUCGCCACCAGGUGAUAGUAGCGUAGAUCAUUGCGUUGGUAGAAUUUUGUGUAGCUGUGUGUGUAUCUGUGUGUGUGUGUGCGCGCGCGUGCGUGCGCGCGUGCGUACACUGCUGUGCGGACGGACGGACGGGAGCAGCGGGACUGUGCUCCCCGGGGACAUACAUCACCGUAACUGGAGUACACGUGCUGCGUACACCCUCGUGGAGAGCUACCCUCUCGUCAGCGCCACCUAUAGGGGCUUAGGGAGUAAAACGUUAAGAGGUUGGAGGUGAAAAAUAUGCAACUUUUGUACCGACACAAUGGCAAUAUGAACUUUACACAGAAUACCUAUCAUUUUCUACUUGCCUUUAGGCAGAAUAUACAAUCUGGCAUUCUGCGUAUGUACAGUAGAAGCUAAAAACAAACCACCAGAUUUUGGAGGGGUAUGAAACGUUGUCACGUGGAGAUAUGAACGGUGGCUGCUGUGGGAUUCCGCUGCUGCUGCUGCUGCUACUGCGGCUGCGGCUGCUGCUGCUACUGCGGCUGCUGCUGCUGCUGCUGCUACUGUGGCUGCGGCUGCUGCUGCUGCUGCUGCUGCUGCUGCUGGCCGCGGUCAUGCUUUGCAUGCGAGUGAUAGAUCGCUGGGAACGACAGAGCGACGCAGCAGACGACCCCACUAGCGGCUGUCACCUAUCUCGCGAAAAAAAAACCCUGUGUAUAAUCAUAUUGAUGUAUACUUAAUGUUUGCACACAUGCAGUUAACUGGAUGUGUUUGGUAUAUAUAUAAUAUGUGAACUGAUACGAUACAGUACCCAACAUGUAGUCGAUGUUGUGUUGUAGUUGCCUUUAUAAAUGCCGCUGUAAAAACGUGAAAAAUAGCCAGAUGUCAUGUUAGUGUGCUCCAUAUCAGUAUCUAUACAUAUUGAACAUUAGCGAGGGGUGCCGGAAGAGAGAGAGUGCAAGAGAGACGGAGAGAGGAGGUUUUUCGGGGAUGUUUGUGCUCGCGUCUGUGGAGGGACAUCGGGGGCUUUGAAGGCGAAGGACGCGCGUGGCGCCACCUACAGUUUGAGUCGGCGCGCACCGCGACGUCCCGUCGGCUGACGACGACGGCGUUACGCGGCGUUACGCGGCGACAGAUGGUUUUAUCAUGUUAGCGGGGCGACGGAUCCCGCGGGCGCGCGGCGACACGAAAAAACGCGUUCCUUUUUACGAGCGAGACGCGGGGCGCGAGUGGCUCCGUCUGCUGGCCGGCAGACGCGGUCUGGCGCGUGCGUGGCGCCACCUACGCGGUCGGCGGACAACCUACCUCGCACUGUUGUUGUUGUUGUGUGACCCGUCUCCGGACGACGCCCACCGACCGGGGCGUCGCGCCGCGAAUGGUCGGCCGCGCAACCAAUCGGAACCUCUCACUGCUCCGUCGCGAUUUUAUCUCAAGUCAUGUGAAAUAUGUUAACUUAUUGAAUGCUAGCCCCUUGUGCAGAAUUCGGCCCCCCUCCGAUUCCCCCCCACCCUCACCCCCUGACAUAAUGUCAGACUACGAUGGAUUUUAACCCGCAUAGCUUUGUAUGCAAGAUUUACCGUUAUUCUAGAGUUCUAUUUAUUACCGGCAGGCCUGGAGUAGCCUGCGCUCCAUUAUCGAGGCAAGCGAUUUGCGUGUACUUUGGUGGUAAUUACAAGCACACGGGCAAUCAGGGCUAUUUAAGACGUUAUCGACGGUCGAUUUUUAAUACGUCUGCGAGUGUUUAAGAGGGUUUUUAUUUUUACGCGCGCGCUCGGUCGUGCGCUCGAAUUCUGCACCGGGGGCGCGGGUUUGUUGAGUAGUUGGACGUAGUCGCAGGAACAGAAGUCGUUUGCUGCAUUUCGUAGAGUAGGUUUAGGAUGCAUCAGCACCUCAGCUCUCAUUUGACACCAGGUGGCGCUCAGUACCCUUCCCGGCGGCGUUCUCUCUGCGCGGGUGGUCGCGCAUGCGCAGGCGGGGUGGCUGGCUGAAGAAGACAGAACGGGUGACGACGCACUCUGCCCCCCACGGCGCUGCGUUUCUUAAUGGGGUGCGCUCGCUCUAGAUAGCUUUUUUCGAUCGCACCCGAUUAGAAACGCGAGCGCCGUGUGGCAGUAAGUAUAUAAUAUAUACCUCCCCGUGUCUUUCAGUGGUGGGACCAAAUUGGCGUUUUGUAUCGAGUUCUCUGAGGCGACUCUGUGUACGUAACACGGGGCCGUUCUCCGUCCGGGGACUACGGGAACAUUGCGAAAAAAGAUGUUGGGGCGCGCUUGCUUGCGUAGAUUGAACGUCCGCUAGGUGCUGAGUGCCCCCGCCGCGUGUUACAUUACAGGGUUUCUAUGUUUUUGUUUUGUAAAAAAACCACUGAUGUACAAAGUUUGAAAAAUCUAGAAUUUUAAUGUGUCAACUUCAGUUGUGAGUUAUUUGGCGAGGGCCCUGGCGGGUGUCGUGGCGCGGCCGCGGCUCUAGGUUUAGACAUAGAGUUAGCUAUGGGGCCUAGUCCUACCACCUUUUGUUCUACAAGGCUCCUCGGCGAAUCAUAGAAUCGUGUUCGGCUCGCGGCCGCGCCGUGAAAUCCCCCGGGAGCUCUACUGCCCAGCGUGAUAAACUAUCAGGAUCAAAUUAUCCAGUUAACAAUCUCUAUAGGUCACACGUAUAGUCGUCUUCUGAGUACAACUGUCUUUACCUAUUUCAGGCGAGUAAUAAAUAAUGACUUGCCGUAGUCUUGUCUUUUGUCACGUGCCAAAAGUGUGUACAAUUUAUUCUAUUCAGCAGACAUUAAAAAUGGCCUCUAUUGAAAGAAAAAACGAUUGGGUCAGAAUCGGGUAGGUGUUAAGAAAGCAAAGGUUUUGCGUUCAGUGUACAGUUUGCGUGCCAACAUCCGCAGUCGUUUUCCACGGAGCAUGCGCACUCGUCACUGUCUUAUUAGUUGUGUCAGAGACAAUAGAACAGUAAUUUUAUUGUCUCUGGUUGUGUCAGUGAUGUUUGCGGUAGCGGUUUCAGCGCCCACACGUGGCGCCCCCCCGCGGGUGUUGGCAGGCGAGUUGUGUACGCGUGCCUCUUUGUUGCCGUUUGGUCGAGUGUCAAUAAAGCAGUGGCGGAUAUUUUGGUCAUGUAAAGGCGGGCCGCGAAACAACGAGGCCCACCCUGUACAUAUGUGUUCUGGCUCAGUAGGCUCUAGUGUGAGGUCAGACCGCUUGCAUCAGUCUAGGCCGAAGGUACCCGUUGGUGUCGUCUGUCGAGAACUUGACUGUGACAAGUGAGCAGCUUUAGAGUUGGCUUUAAUACAGCCACGUUUCAGAGCAAUAAUGGUUAUUUCUCCUUGGUGUGUGGUGCAUUUCUGGUUGGUCGAGAGGUGCGUGGGAAUAAGCGUGGAAGUUCUAUGUUGAUACGUGCAGCGAGUUUCAUGUGACUAUUCUGAAUAUUUUUAUCAUAUGUGAACUUUGAUGAUGACAAUGACGAUGAUGAUGAAAUUGAUUCACACUGUUAAGAACUGUUCUUUUGUUGAUAUGUCCAGACUAUAUAUACGAAUAAAGUGAUGUUUGGCAAAAAAAAA